AGUUACUUGAAAAUGUCAAAUUAAGUAUCUAUAUCAGUUAAGGAAUUAACAGUCAUAAAAACGCCAACUACCAAUGAUUUUAGUAGUUAUAGAGAUUUAUAAAGGCUUCCAAUAACUAAAUCAAAUUUUAAAAGAACUUACUUAAAAGGUGCUUCACAUAGAGUAAAAUCAUUAAAGGAAGAAAAUCAAUUUGCGGAAGGUCAUAGGAGAUAAGGAAAUGAAAAGUUAUUUAAAUUUAAGAGAUAAGAUUAAUUACUCAAUAUAAGAAAUAUGCAUUUACACAAAUUAACUCCAUUAAAUACAGAACCUUACAUAGAUGAAAAUAAUAAAUUUUAAAACAAAUAAACAAUUAGUAAUGAAGAAUAAACUAAUCCAAAUUUAAGAUUAAUAAAGAAUUCUUCUAAUUAAAUUUUAAGUUUAGUUUACAAUCCUUAACCAAUCAUAAAAAAAUAAGUUAGAUAUCCUUUAUAAAAUCUGUCCUAAAAGACUGAAUUUUAAAAUUCAUUAUUGGUAACUUAAGUGACUCAUUCAGGUUUAAAUUCACCUAAAGAAUCAUAUAAGAAAAAGAUUGAAUUAUCAAUAAUGAAGCCUUAAAAUAAAAAAUCUUAAAAAGACAUAUUUAUAGAUUCAAUUCAAACUACAAGUUAUGGAUCUAUUCGUAUGGAUACUAUAGAAACUAAAUAUAUAUCUCCUAAAGCAAAUAUACCUACAUCUUUAGAUAGUACAAAAAAGCUAUUGAAGUAAUAUUUAUGA